AUGCUGACCCCACUAGGGGCAAGGGCGCGGGUGGAGCUGGCGGGGGCGGUGGAGGUGGCAGUGGAGGCGGCGGAGGGAGUGGGGGUGGCGGUGGGAGUGGUGACGGGAGUGGUGGUGGUAGCGGCGCCAGUGGCGGCGGAGGUGGUGGCGGCGGAGGCGGUGGGAGCGGAGGCGGUGGAGGUGGUGGCGGUGGAGGCGGUGGUGGCGGAGGAGGUGGAGCUGGUCGGGGGAGUGCUCCGCAGAGGAGCGUCUCUAGUGGUGGUCCGCGGCAGCAGCAGCAGCAGCAGCAACAGCGUGCUCGGGACGUCCUCACGCCUCAGCAGCUCCGUAGCUGCGUCAGGUGUGUCCUAG